AUUGUAUUUACAAAUUACAGGAUCAUCGGUUGUGACUUGUGAGCCUUGUGGCUCACCGAUAUAUUUCUUUGUGGCGUUCGUUCAAUCUUCGUCGGUGGACUUGAGAGAAUACCAAUUCGUUUGAAAAGAAGGAGUUGAGCGCUGUGACGUUACUGCGACAUGAAUAUAUCGCAAAUUGCUCAGCCAGGACAAAUGGGAUUAGGACAAAUGUCGCAACCUAACCCCCAAAUACCCCAAGCACAACAGCAGCAGCAGCAACAGCAACAGCAACAGCAACAGCAGCAGCAACAGCAGCAACAACAGCAGCCGCAACAGCAGCAGCAACCGCAGCAACCUCAGCAACAGCAACAACAGCAACCGCAACAACAGCAACACACGCAAGAAAAGUUGGAUAAUAUAUCGAAGGUGAAAUCCCUUGUCGGUCCGCUAAGAGAUUCUCUCGCUGUCGCCUUGAAAACAGCAGCUUCAACUCUGCAACAAAACAGCCUAGUCGACGUAGGAACUUACAAAGGUAUCGAUGUUCCCGUUCAAUACAGAUUCGACAAGAACAUUGAGGAGUUUUAUUCGAUAUGCGAUCAGAUUGAACUUCAUCUGAAAACUUCGAUUGAAUGCUUGUCCCAGAAUUCAAGCUCUGUCAGGUAUCUUCCGAUGUCCGUUGCCACCACCAGAACUGAGGCUGUCUCGGGACAAGAAGGUCCGGCUCUCACCUAUCCACAGUUCCUCAUGACCGUAAGGUCUCAGGUGGCUUAUGCCAAAGAAAUUCACGACACCCUCAUAUCCGCGGCUCACACUAUCACUCCUGGAGAAUAAGACUAGGAUUAAAGAACGAUCUUGUUUUACAUUAAAGUGCGACAUACUUGAUUGUUUGUACCCACUUUGAACGUUAUUCGUUCGUUCGGUGAGCCUUGGGGUCCAGAUUCCUCUUCCAGCACUGAAAGAUUAUCCAGCUGACCUAAUGUGAUUCCAUCAGUGGUGAUGAAUUUCACAAAGUUCUAUUUGAUAACAUGUUAUAUCGCUGGAUAGUGGGAUUUUGACAGUAUUAUAGAAGCCAUGUAUUUCAAAUAACAGUUACCGUGUUACAGGAAUUUGAACUUUGAGUAUUUUUGACUUGUAUACAAUCGUCCCUGUAUUUAUGGCAAGUGAUAUUGGAAUGAUUACUGUUUAAUAAAUAUUUUCCGUUAUUCAUUCAAACUUUCAAA